AUGGGCGAACUGGAGACAGACGAGCAUCUGACCCAGUUCAAUUCCUCCGGAAGGGCCGGCAGACGAAAUGCGGUACCCGAGAUCGACAUCUCCGAGGUCGACCCUGAAGCUGUCCAGUUGGCUGAAAAAUUCGGGCAGCUCGAUCCAUCCGACCAGCCCUCUUCCUCCAAACAGAAUCACCCACAAAAAGACCCGCCAACCAACGAGGUGCCAAAAGAAGAUGCG